ACUUCCCCGGACCCUGUGGGCCUGAGGUCCAGGUGUGACUUUCUCAGAGCUGACCAGUAAGGAAGGGCCUGGGCUGGCUCCUCGGCUCUCCCCUCUCACCCAGAAAUGGUUAAUUGCCAGCUCCAGGCUGCCUCCAGCCCAGCCCUAAUUGGCCCGAUCUCAAGCGGCCGUGCUGGAGCCGCAGCAACCCUGGGCCAGGCCGGAGCUGCGCGGAGCGAAAGGGGCACUCUUCCAAGGUAAUGAUUAAGCUGAGCGUCUGGCAAGGGCACAGGCAGCAGAGCCGGGAAGGUGAGCCCUGUUCACACCUCGGCCAGGCUGUGGUGGCCAGGACUGGUUUGGAAGGCAGGGCCCCGGGGCACGGGGGCCCAGAGCCGACAGCCACAGCCUCCCCCUGCACACGGGCAUCCAGGAGCAUCUCAGGCCGGAGCUUCUGCUGCCUGCCCUACUAGGACCCUGUCCUCGACCCUGGCACCAUGAAGCUGCAGAUGUUCUGGACUGGGCUGGAAUACACCUGCCGGCUCCUGGGCAUCACCACUGCUGCAGUGUUGAUCGGCGUGGGCACUGAGACCUUCCUCCAGGGACGGUUCAAAAGCCUGGCUUUCUAUUUGCUGUUUAUAGGAGCUGUCAUCUCUGUGUGUGAAGGGGCCUACUUUGUGGCUCAGCUGCUGACCAUCUGCUUCCAGUGUCGGCCAGAGUCCCUGGCCUACAAAGCAAGGGAGAAAGCCCGCUGGUUGGGCUGCUUCCAGAAGUUCCUGGCAUACAUGCUGUUGUCUGUGGCCUGCUUUCUCCACCCUGUCCUGGUCUGGCACGUGACCAUCCCAGGCUCCAUGCUCAUCAUCACUGGCCUGGCCUACUUCCUGCUGAGCAAGCGGAAGAAGAGCAAGGCCAAGCCCGAGGCGCCCGCUCCCCCAGAGCAGUACACGGACCCCUCCGGCAGUGCCGUGAGCACCACUGGCUCUGGGGACACCGAGCAAACGUACACCUUCCACGGGGCCUUCAAGGAGGGGACCGGCUCCCUCUUCAUCCACAUGAAGAGCAUCCUGAAGGGGACCAAGAAGCCCGGUGCCCUCCAGUGCCCGGACACCCUGACAGAGCUGACCCUGGAGCCAGCCGACUCGCUGGUCAAGAAGAAGCAGGUGCACUUCGAAGACAGCAUGGUCAGAAUCAUCCCGUCUCUCACCGAAGACCUGGACGGGGGGGACAGCGAGCCAGAGGAGACCACCUCUGACACCACCCCCAUCAUCCCUCCCCCGCAGGCCCCUGCUUUCCUGUCCUCUCUCACAGACGCCAGCCUGUUCUGAGCCGCAGGCUCCAGCCGAGGGGACACUCAGCAAGGGGUCCGCAUAGAUCGAUGGCCCUGCCUGGAGUUUCCUGACAUCUGAGGGCCCCCCUCCCAGGGAGCUUGGGGUCUUCACAGGUUAGUGCUUCAAGGGGUGACCAGACAUCCCCGUGGUAGCUGGGCUACUGGGACCAUCAAGUGGCAUGGCAGAUCCUGGAGACGCCUCUGGCAAG